AUGACUUUUAGGCAACAGGCAUUAGACAGUGAGGAAUUGUACUGGGUGGCUAGGUUAAGGCAUGCUGACACGUCGUUGUCGCUUUUAAACCCCUACACCUGGAAACUUUCUCAAAUGGAUUUCUGGAAUGAGAUGUUAUUAACAUUGGACCCUGGUGAGCGCCUGAAUGAUGGCGCGAAACUUGACCAGGGUCUGCUGGAUAUGGGUAGACUUUUACGGAAAGAUUUUCUAUCCUACGCAACAUCCUCCCGAACACCUUCAAGAUAUGGAAAGCGGCUAAUGAAGACUGUACGGAAGACGGUUUUAAAGAUGAAUGCCGGCUCAUUAGAUGCCAACUAA